AUACGUAUUUGAUAGUAAGCUUUAAAAGUAGUAAAUGCCCAGAAGAGGAAGACACCUCACUUAAGUCAAAGUUUGAAAGCUUCUUCAAGAAUGACAUGUUUGACUUCAAGAAUACUACUUUCAACGUGAUAAGAGAACCAGCGUGCCAAUUCAACUUUACCUUCACAUUUGGUCCCAACCUUAAGUUGUAUAACAUCAGAGAAGUGUUUGAAGAUAAACUCAAGCGUAUCAAUAAUACCGUUGGUACGUUGAGGUUGACUGACAUAGUAGCUCAUGUUAAUGUUCCUGGUGUUACGCUUGGUGACUUCAAAGACCUUGCCGAGGUCUGUAAAAAGAUAUGCUGUGAUGGGGGACCUGGAGGGAAUAUCACUUUGACCAAAAACUGUAAGCCUCCAGACAAGUGUAGUAAUUACAAUCUCAAGGUAGUGGUGCCAAAGUGCUGGGAUGUUUGCUCCAGUGUGUGUUCAGGGGUGCCCAUGUACAAGAUUUCUCUUUUUGUUUUGCUGCUUGGCGUAUUUAUCAAUUGGUUUCCGAAGUAAAACACCAGUAGCAAAUGGAGGCGCGAAAAAACUGAAGACGAAACCGUUGAAUAGUACAUAAGCAAGCUUUUUCGCUUAAUCAUGUAUAGCUUAGAAUACCGAUCGACGCUGAAGUUCGUAAAAGCUAGGAGUCGUUGAAACAUAUUUCAACAAACGUUCUCGGCCGGAGAUCAAAAAUGGGCGAUCUGCGACUAUUGAUAAAAUACGACAAAGUUACAUUUCUUACAUAACUCGUUACAUAACUCAAAGGUCAUGCUUCAUUUUACAGUCUAAAAGGAAACUGGGUUGUUCGGCUGUGAACAGUGUGCUAUUUGGUCUCUGAUUUCCGACCGACGUUUUUUGAAAUAGGUGUA